AAAAAGUGGAUUUGACAAUUAAGCUGUCAAAAAGAUAUACUUUUGCUAGCUGAGUUUCGGUCAACCGAUUUGUUCCGUAGAAAUUUAUUUCAAAAACUAAUUCAAUAAAGAUGUUGUCGCAAACUAUAUUGAAUGGUGUUCGAGUAUUGCGCGUAGAAGCUCGUCGCAGCAUUGGUAUCGUUGCACCGGCCAUGAACAAAGCUUCGGACCCAAUUCAGCAAUUAUUUCUAGACAAAGUGCGAGAAUACAAGCAAAAAGGCUCUGGUGGCAAAAUGGUUGAUCCAUCUCCUGAAAUUCAACGUGAAAUGAAAAACGAAUUGGAUCGUGUUGCAAAGCAAUACGGCAGCGAUGGUACAACCGAUAUGACAAAGUUUCCCGAAUUUAAAUUCCCAGAAGUUAAAGUCGAUCCCAUCACCUCAACCAACUAGGAUGUAACUAACUUUGCGUUGAAAACUUUAAUAGUGAUAAUUCCAGAUGUCGGAGGUCUGCUACAGAAUUGUUACCUCCUUUUUAAAAAUUUCGAAUCGGAUUUCAUCAAUAACACAUGAAAAUUAAAAAUAAAUGGGUACGAAUUCGAAGAAGUCGAAAACAA